UAAAUAUUUUUAAAUUGCUCAUAAACGUCACACAGGUGAUGGUAAUAAAGGAAUUUGGUUCCAAGCUCCCGAGAUAAAAAAGUGGGGAGUACAAGGGAAAUCAAGAGAAAUAUUGAGGUUACAUUCUCUCCAGCGAGUAGUAUUCUAAUUCAACAUCGCCCUUAUUAAAACCAAAUAAAAUUGAAUUAAACAAUUGAUAAUCAAAUACAACAAUGGCGUCUAAAGUCACCUUUAAAAUCACGUUGACGUCUGAUCCAAAGCUGCCUUUCAAGGUAUGAGACGUUGAAGAUUUGCCAGAAGAUGAAAAGGAAUCCGGUGAUGAAAAUGAAUAAAGAAUGGACGAAGAUCAGCUGUCGGAGAUUCUAAAGACAUUCGACAAUUACGUUACUCUGAUUGAAAAUCCAAGAAUAAUAGAGCAAAUAACCUUAGGAAAUGUAUCCACAGCCUUCAGCUGUUGUCGUUUCAUCGAGCGAACGAUGCUGCGUGCCAAAGAGAGCAACAAAAUUAAUGAAUUAAUGAGUAAUUUGCGAGGUCACUGGUCAAUGAGCAAUCGUGUGCACGUGUACAGCAUCGACACACUCCACAGGGCGUGUGACAAACUCGUUGAAGUGCUGAUGAAGUCGGUUGGAGUAUCGGGGGACAUUAUUGACAGACUUUUAUCGCUCUAUGUGAAUGAAUGUGGCAGAGAGAGACUCAGUAAAUUCAUCGAGGGCCUCUUUAAUGAGUCUGUGCUGACUAAUGCUGCUUUGAAAUGCAUGACAGAGGGUGGGUUAGACAAGUCCUUGAUCGAGGACGAGGGAAGGGUCUUUCUUUGGCACAAUCAGGCUUCUUGUGGGAAUGGCGAGGAGGUCAUGAAGUGCAUUGACAAGAUGAUUGAUGAUGGAUUAGUCGUAGAAGUCAUUGAGAGUUUAGAAAAGUUGAGUGAGGGUAGCCCUGCGAGGAAGCUCAUCGUCCAGAGUUUGAGCAGGAGAAUUAACAACUAUGAUGAGAAUGUGUGUUCAGAGGUCUUUAAGGUCAGGAGAAAGGUACUUGAGGACCUAAUGGAGGAUGAGGACUUUCGAUUGAAUUAUUUAGACAUAAUUUUUUAUUUUGGGAGAAGCAUGAAUUUUGAGAAUGGAGAGUGGAGUGGGAAUCAUCGAUUUUCAUUCGAGGAUAUUGUUGAUAGUUUGAAGGGAUUGAUAAGGGUUAGUGAGGAGAUUCGUGAGGCUGUUAAGAGUAGAAUAAUCUUGGCGAAGGGGAUGGAGGGGGGGAUGAUAUGGGAGGACGUUGAGGAGGCUUGUGAGAAUGAAUUGUAUGGGAUGAUUGUGUGAAGGACGAGUUGUUGGUAAAUUUUUCUGCUAAUUAUUCAUGAUCAAGUCAUUGGAAGAGCUAUUGAAAAACGUGCGAGGGUGAAAUUAAUUUCAUUGAGUUGAUUUAUUGGUAAUAAAGUUGUCUGGUGAAAUUAAGUCCAUUAGUUAUUAAUUGAAGUGGAAUUAA